ACGCGUCCGGAGCGGCGGCGGCGAUACCGGCGACACCGGCGGCAGCGGCGGAGGAGGCACGGAGCGCCGGGAGGAACCGGGGAUGGAGGCGGUGCGGGUGAUGACAGAGACGGGGAAGAGGUGGGAGUGACCGAGCAGAGGAAGGAGAGAGACACAACAACACGAUCCCGGGCUGGAAGCGGCGAGCGCCGCGCCUUCUGGAGGAUCCUCGCCGCCCGGAGCGCGUCUGUCCGCGGCUUCAGGAGGAGGCAGUGCGGGCGGUGGUGGGAGACCAUCCAUGCUGAGCUCAGGGACAAUGGAGGAGUUCAUCACCGAAGAGGAGGAGCCGUGGUACGACCAGCAGGACCUGGAGCAGGACCUUCACCUGGCAGCGGAGCUGGGGAAGACUCUGUUGGAGAGGAACAAAGAGUUGGAGGACUCUCUGCAGCAGAUGUACAUCACUAAUGAAGAGCAAGUGCAAGAGAUCGAGUACUUGUCGAAGCAGCUGGACGUUCUCCGGGACAUGAACGAGCAGCAUGCCAAAGUGUACGAGCAGCUGGACAGCACAGCCAGAGACCUGGAACGCACCAACCACAUGCUGGUGACGGACAGCAAGACCUCGCAGCAAAAGAUCGAAGGGUUAACAGGAACCAUCGACACGCUGCAGAACCAGGUGGAGUCUCUGUCAGGACAGGUGGAGCAGCUCCGCUCCAUGGAGCAGCUCCGAGUCCGCAGGGAGAAGAGGGAGCGACGCAAGACCAUCCACUCCUUCCCCUGCCUGAGGGAGCUCUGCACUGCACCCAGGUAUGAGGACGAGUUCGUCGUGGGGAGGGCUGAGAGCCUUUCUGCGGUCAACAAGCGUCCGCCGUUCGAAGAGGAGAACCAGCACCUGAGGGAGGCGGUGUCGGCUCUGCGAGCGGCGGUCCGGACGGAGAGGGGUCGGAGGGAAGGCGUGGAGAGGGAGUGUAACCUGCUGGUGGCAGAGUUUUCCCGGCUCCAGACACGAGUGCAGGAUGCAGAGAGCUGCCAGGCGAGGGUCCGGGAGCUGGAGGUGGAGCUGCAGGAGCUGCAGCAGCUACGUCGAGCUCGGACUUUCCUCCUGAGCAGCGAAGAUGACGGCGUGGCCCUCACACAGACCGUCCUGAACAUCACGCCCGAGACCGACACCUUCCUCGAGGCGGAGCCCGCCGAGACGGGAGGCGGCGUCCGGGAGGAGACCGAGGGCGGGGGAGGCGUCGGAGGUGAGGCCCUACCUGAGUCCAGCCCGGUGAGGAAAAGCUGCAGCGACACGGCGCUCAACGCCAUCGUGGCCCGGGACGCGUCGGGCCGCAGGAGGGGCAGCUACGCCCUCCACGCCAACAGCGUGAGGAAGAGGGGCAUGUCCAUCCUCCGGGAGGUGGACGAGCAGUACCACGCCCUGCUGGAGAAGUACGAGGAGCUGCUGGGGAAGUGCAGGCGCCACGAGGAGAGCCUGUGUCACGCCGGCGUCCAGACGUCCCGACCUGUCUCGCGGGAUCCGUCCAUGAAAGACUGCGCAAUGGGUCCGACCCCGGCACCUCCCCCAACUCCCACCCAGUCGCCCUCCACUCCCGAAGCCAUCGAGAGCAUCAGCAAGCAGGUGGAGGCGGUGGACAAGCGGCUGGGGCAGAACACUCCCGAGUACAAGGCUCUUUUCAAGGAGAUCUUCUCUCGGAUCCAGAAGACCAAGAUGGACAUCAAAGCUACCAAAGCUGCUAAAUCUAGCAAGUCUGGGAAAUCCGGAAAAUCUAGUAAACACUAAAUUUACACUUAGGGGCUUUAGAUGAUGCUGAUGUUGGUAUUCUAGUGUUCGGUUCUUGAGUUAAUGAACAAAGGCCUAGUGCAAACAUUCAAGCACAGGGUGCUACUUAAAAAAAACUUAGUAAGAGUUCAGGAC